AUGACUAAAAGUUAUAUACCUGAUGAUGCUGCCUUCUCAAUUUUAUCAAAACUCCCUCUUAAAUCUUUGCAUCGAUUGUCUUGUUUACAAAAAUCAUGGUCUUUAGAUUCAUCUUUCAUGAUCAAGCUCAAGAAUAACGUAAUAUAUAACAAUCCUGGUGAUUCAUUUCUACCGUUAUAUUUAUCCGAAAAUGAGUUGUAUUAUUUUCGUGGAGAAAGAUUCGAGAAGAAGACUAAAUUAGAUUUUCCAACUUCAUUUAACAUUCAAGAGUUUGAUAUAUUUGGCUUUUCUAGUGUUAAAGGCGUAUUUUGUCUGAUUGAAUCUUUAUAUACACAACCUCAAAGAGUUGUAUUGUGGAACCCAACCACCGAAGAAUUCAAGAUCAUUCCUCCCAGCUUGCGUGUGUCACGUCUCAUUGAAUCUUCUCCCCAUGAUGAUGAAUGGCCAGAGUUUUAUGUUCAUGGAUUUGGUUAUGACCAAGUUAACAAUGACUAUAAGGUGGUUCGUUGUGUACAAAUUCCUCUAACUCAUUAUCUACACAUCUUUUGGGAGAUAUAUAGGUUAAGAAAUAAUUGUUGGAGUGAACUUAAAUUUAAGAUGCCUGCUUCUUAUUCGGAUCGUCAGGAUUGA